GGUGAAAUGUUCGGGGGCAGAGUGCGCGAGCGGAAUGCUUAUUGCCGAUCGGCCGAGCCAAACCGAGGCGAGCUCGAAGCGUUUGCGCAUGCGUCGGUUUCGUAUAACUCGCUGAUUUCGCCUCAAGCUUAUUUAUUUCGAACCUGAGACUCGCCGCGCAACCACGUGCUACGAUCGCAGCUGCGACUCAACUCGGUCGGACUGUCUACUCGAGUAAUACACAAACGCUUCGAUAUUCGUUUCUCGAUAAAUUUUAUCGAGCGCAAGUAAUUCGUUUCGUUCGAAGGAAAGAAAGAAAAAAAAAAAAAAAAAAGAAAUUGAAUAGGAAUUGAAGAGAAGAUAGAGGAGCGAGAGGGAAAGGAGAAUAGAAGAAGGCGCGAUCGUGGACGCGGAGAAAAGAGAAAAGAAGGAAGAGAGGAGGGAAAUUUGCCGCGGUUGACACGAGCUGUUCGAGAAGCGAAUCUCGAAUUACCUUUUUUUACAGAAUCACUACGCCUCGUCGGUGCAUCGAACUUCUUCUAGAAGCUACUAUACGAUAACUGUGGGACGUUCCCGAGCUUAUCGAUUUUUCCUUUAGGGACAGUUUAAGGGGACUCUGUUUCGGUGCGGUGUGCGACCAUCGUUUCACCUUUGCUUUAGAGGAAGAGGAGGAAGAAAUUUCGCUGAAGCGAAGGAACUCGUUUAUUAUUUAUCCUACGAGUCUUACGAGUACGAAGAACAUCACUGUGAUACGAUUCGUCAGGAUCAGAUUUUUACACCUCUGUGAUCUGUGUGCUUUGUGAUAAUCAUAUUUAUUCUUUUACGAAGACUUUUAAAUUUAUUCGUAGCCCCGAUCCAGUAAUCCAUUAUUACGAGAGUCAUCGUAUUCUUAAUCGAGGACGAAUAGGUCAACGAAUAGAUCGGAAAAUCGAAUCGGACGGAAUAUCGGGCGUACGUUCGACGAGCUGAGGAAAAGGAAAAACCUAAAAGAAAGAAGAGAGAAGUUUCUCGAAGGUUUGCUCCGUAGACUCUGCUCUAGACCCGCUCGAAAAGGAGAAGCGCGGCGAGAGAGAGAGAGAAGGUUGUGACGAGAGAAAGAAGCCGAUUCGAGUGCGUCAUCUUUGAGAAAGGGAGACACUCGUUACACUCGUAACAGAUUUAGAAGGCGUACGGGACGAGUAAAACUUUGAAGGGAGAGAAGAGGAAGAUCGAGGAGAGAAUUUAGAAAGGAGACAGAGAACAAGAGGAUUAAACGGCGGAAAGGUGGGCCAGGUGGCGGGGAAAGGAAGGAAGGAAGGAAAAGAAAGGCGAGCUAUUGUCGAACCGAGGGAUAAAAACAAGGCGUUUAAAAACGGAGCUGGGAAAUAUAAAGGACGGGGCGACAAUAGAGAGGAAGAGAAGACACGAGUAUAUACCAUUGGUGAGGAAGAUGACCAAGAGCAAACCGUUGACCGCGCCUGAGCGAAGAACGAACGACGUGUUCGACGAGGAAUCGAUCGCGGUCCGAUCGAGAUGGCGAAAUCUCGCCGCCUUCUGGAUACUCGGCCUGUGCAACAAUUACGGAUACGUGGUGAUGCUUAGCGCGGCGCACGACAUCCUCGAGAGCAAGUUUGGAACCAGGGUGAGUAACAACGUUCCUCUUUCAUUUAUUCCGUCGACGAAUCAGCUUCGCUUUCGGGCCAGAAAGGGGAAAAGAGAAAGAGAACUCUGCUCUUUUUCUUUUUUCCCCGUCCUUCUUUCGUACCAAGAAACGGUAAAAAAACGGAAGGACGAAAAGGAAGGAGGAAGGCGAAUCGUUAAUUACAGUGCUCGACUGGCUACCUGUGUGUUAUUUUCCGCUGCAGGAUUCCUCGUGGUGUCGUUGAGCACUACUGAAUGGCUCGCCAUUCUGGGCGUCGUUAUAACGUCACUCUCUUCCGGUUUGGGAGAAGUUACUCUGCUGAGUUACAGCCACAAGUAUCCGAAACAAGUAAUCGCGACAUGGUCUUCCGGUACUGGAGGCGCCGGAAUAAUUGGCGCGCUAUCUUAUGCCUCCCUCACCACGUGGUUAAGCAACGAAGAUACAUUGUUACUUAUGUUAAUCGUACCGAUCAUACAAGGAAUCACUUUCUGGUUGGUUCUGGUCCAUCCGCCGCAGUCCAGUAUCCCGAUCACUAAGAACGGUAUCGACAGCCAAGAGCAAAUCAUUGAGAUCCCUAGGAAGAGCUUUAAAGAAAAGAUCAAUCUGGUACCGGGAUUGCUGAAGUAUAUGAUUCCUCUCGGGCUCGUGUACCUCUUCGAAUAUUUCAUUAACCAAGGAUUGUACGAGCUGAUCGAAUUCGACGGCAUUUGGUUAACUCACGCCGAACAAUAUCGCUGGCUUCAGGUGGAUUAUCAGAUUGGAGUGUUUAUCUCGAGAUCGUCCGUCAAUCUCGUCACGAUUAACAAAAUCUGGAUCAUGGCUGUGCUACAGUUUAUCAACGUUAUUAUUUUGCUGUUCGAGACGCUCUUCUAUUACUUGCCCAACAUUUGGAUCGUGUUCAUGUUCGUUUUGUGGGAAGGCCUUCUCGGUGGUGGGGCAUACGUGAAUACAUUUUAUCGAAUGUCCACCGAGAUUCCAAGAGCGGAUCGUAAAAUUUCCUUGGGCAUUGCCACGAUGGCCGAUUCCAUUGGAAUCGCGUUGGCUGGUUGGUUAUCUAUGCCGGUUCACAACGCCAUUUGCGGUCUGCCACAACCAAAACGAGUGGGAAGCUAGAAGACAGAAGUACGAAAGAAAAGUUAUUUUUUUUUCUUUUUUUUUUUUACUAACAACGAUUAUACGAAUGAGCACGAUCGUCAUGCCGUGAUAAACAAGUAUGUUAUUUAUUGUCGAAUCAUCUUCGAUCACGUCCACACGGCCUCGAAUAACGUCGAUAAUCGAGUGUAUAUAACGUCGUUCGUAAACCGCAACGGUUUACAAACACUAUGUACUGUCAGUUACAAUGUAGAUAUAGCGAAACGUCGAGACGAUCAUUUUCGAUCAUACCUCUCCGUUUAUAUUUAACUUUGAAACCGCAAAGUAUUCGAGCAUCGUUCGAAAUAUUAAUCGUAACAGUUUGUCGUCAUAUAUAUAUAUAUAUAUAUAUAUAUAUAUUUCUUUUUUUUCAUCCGAGAUGCGGAAAUGAGGACGAUGGUUGAAAAGUGUGGACUACGAUUCACAAUGAAGUGCUAUCGAUACCGAUGUUCCUGAAUGAGAAAAUUCAACUCGUUAGAUUGUAAGUUCGAUCGAUUCUGAGAUUUAUUUGGUACAAAUAUUUAAAAGACUAGGAACAGGAUUAUGUUACAACUGGUUAGAUUUUAUUUUGUUGUGAGUUUUCUUUUUUUUUUUUUUAAAGAAACGAAGAACGAAAAUACGCGACAAACGAGCCAGAAAUUGGAUGCAGACGAGGAAGUCUCGCCUCGAUUCAAAUGUAUUCGAUAGAAUUCGAUCCACGUGGUCGAGUGUCGCCGCUGAUACACUUGUUAAACGCGAUAGUUUACCGAUUAUGGUUACAAACACGUGUAAAUGCGUUUUUAUGAUGCGUCUUUUAGCUAUUAGGUUUUUACGCCGUUUCACGUUGGUCGUUCGAUGAUAAGAACGAUACCAGUAUUUAUUAGUUAGCGUAACGCAUCGAUUAUCCGCCGCUUGUCAUGGGUGGAUUCGAUGAAUGAAACAGCGAAUUCGAUUUACGAUAUUUUUUUUUCUUCUUUCUUUCUUUCUUUCUUUCUUUCUUUCUUUCUUCUACUCGAUUAUAUGGUUUUGGAAAACACACACUGGUAAAGAGAUUACCACUAUUUUUAAUUGUUUAAUUUCGCUUGAACCAUGAUGCACCAUCGCGUAUCUACAGUAAUCUACGAGUUGAGCGUUGUUUCUCAACGCCUCUUCAGAAAUCAACUCCACUUUCUUCCCUUUUUCAUAAAACGAGAGAAAAUUAAAUCGAAUUUUAAUAUCACAACGGAAAUUUUUUAAACAUUCCCUCGCGGACAGAAUAUUUGUUGGAACACGCGAAAGUAUUAAUUAUAAUCAUUAUCGAAUCGAAUCGCGGAUCAAACAUCUGGAAGGACAAAAAUUCGUCUCGACGAACGAGAAUUUCGUCGCUUUUCGACGCGAGAAAGGUCCUUCUUUCUCUCUUUUUCUUCUUCUUCUUCUUCUUUUUUUUUUUUCUAACAAAAUAAUUCGCCUCUUCCUAAAUACAUAUUGUAUAUGUGAUAUAUCGAUAAUACUGUUUCCUACAUUUAUUUUGAAAUAUAAAUAUAUAUAUAUAUAUAUAUAGUAUAUAUAUAUAUUUAUAUAAAAGAUAUUAUAUUGUUUACUACGUCGUAAUAUAUUAUAUAUUUGUCGUUGUAGAAUUGGAACUGCUCGUGACGCGUUUUUUUUAAAAUGAAAUGUUGCGGUUCGCGGUUUUCCCCAAUUUUAUUUUACUGUAUUAUUAUUUUUCCUUCCUUCUUUUUAUUAUAAUAAUAAGAAAAGAAAAAUUGAAACAAGGAAAAGAACAACGAAUGACGAAAGAGAAUAGCGUGAACAAUAAUAAACUGUAAUUGGAAUAACCAUGUGUAAUUUGUUGUUGUGUUAUUACGGAUUCGAAAUAAACGGUGAAAUCUUUUUUU